UCUGUCAGACCGCAGUCAGCGAUGUGUCCGCAGCCACUGCUGAUCCUCUUGGCCAUCCUGCUACCAUGGGCAGAAGUCGGGGCCAACAAGAUAGACGACAUGCUGCCAGCAAUCCUGGAGAGGUUGAGCGCAGUUCAGGAAGUGCUGGCCCCGCUGCCUAAGGAAGUCCUGGAGGAGGCGAUCUACCACACUGCCUCCUACUACAUCCCUAUAGACUCCGAGACUGGAGGUCUGCCGCAACCACAGUGCACUUCUGUUCGACAGCUUCCUCCGUUACGAGAUAUGGGCCCUGAAGACGUCCCGUGCUGCCCACGUUACGGCCUGGACUUGAUGAUCUCUAGUGUGGUUUCCCUCCUCCUGUACUCCAGGUGA